AUGUUCGUCUCCUUCCUCACCUUUCGCCUGCUCCACUCGCUCCACGAUGGGGCGGACAGCGUGGACUUGGAUUCCACCGAUUACGAAGGAGUGGACGAUGAAGGAAUCCGACCGUCAGAUGGCGGCUACGGCAAUCAGAUGAAUAACACGACGAACUCAUCUUUGGGUUCAAACGCCGCAAGUUCGGAGACGGCCCUCGUCCCCCCCCAGCCGACCUUUCCGCCCCUCACCUUCAACGAUUUGGCGGGUUUGACAGAGGCAAAGACAGAACUGCAGGAGGUGGUGCAGUUCCUGCGCGAUCCGUCCAAGUUCGAGCGUCUGGGAGCGCGCCUGCCGAAAGGCGUUCUGCUGGUUGGACCCCCCGGGACCGGCAAAACUGCGCUAGCGCGAGCUGUGGCGACUGAGGCUGGCGUCCCGUACUUCUACGCCUCUGGGUCAGAGUUCGUGGAGAUCUACGUCGGGCAAGGCGCGCGGCGAGUUCGCGGUCUCUUUUCCUACGCUCGAAACCACUCUCCGUGCAUCAUUUUCCUUGACGAACUCGAUGCAGUCGGCGGGAGACGCCAGGCGGCUGGUGGCCCCGGAGCAGGCAACCGUGAACACGAUCAGACGUUGAAUCAGCUGCUGGUUGAGAUGGACGGCUUCAACCAGGCGCACCGGAUUGUCGUUCUUGCUGCCACCAACCGUGUCGAUACACUUGACCCUGCCCUCCUUAGACCAGGGCGGUUCGACCGCAUCGUGCACGUGUCGCUGCCAGACGUGGCGGCGCGGGAGUUGAUUCUUCAGAAGUAUCUCCAGAGAGUUCCAGUCGAACCGGAGUCGCAGGAAGGAGCAGUCUCGGGGUUCGCCAGUUUGGUCGGUGGCGGGGACGAGCGGGCGCGUGCACAGAACAGGGCGCCUGCCUCUUCAGCUUCCCACUCGAGCUCCACAUCUGAAACGCGAGGAGAGGACGAGAAAGAAAGAGGCAGUGAAGGUGUGCCGGGAAGGCGCGAGGCAGACGGAAAAGCGGGGCUUGGGCCAGAGGCGUACAGACAGCGUCCCGAUCCUGAGAGAGGAACCGAGAAACCCGUUUUCUUAGAUAAGACCGGCGCUGGGGAUAAAGACGGAAAGGAAGACUCGGAAGAACCGGAAAAGAAGCGUGUCCUCACUCAGGUGCACAGAGAUCUGGCAAAACAAAUCGCUAAAAUAACACCAGGAUUCUCAGGAGCUGAACUCGAGAACCUCGUCAAUGAAGCUGCCCUCCUCGCCGCUCGUGCAGAUAAGGAUGCGGUGACGCUGCAAGAACUGCACGAGGCACGGGAUAAAGUGACUAUGGGUCCGGCCCGGAAGACGCGAAUUAUGUCGCCUUACCAGAGACAGCUGACAGCCUACCACGAGGCGGGGCAUGCAAUCCUUGCGUUUUAUCUCCAGCCGUACGCCGACCCGAUUCACAAAGCCACAAUCGUCUCGAGGGGCUCCGCUCUAGGUUUCGUGGAACAGGUCCCCUUGGAAGACCGUUAUGGCCACGGCGUGGCUCAGCUCGAGGCGCGGCUGUGUGUGUGCAUGGGUGGGCGAGUCGCGGAGCGUCUCGUCUUUGGGCGGGACGCUUUGAGCAACGGCGCAAGCAGCGAUAUUGAAACAGCCACUCGCAUGGCCUACGUGAUGGUCACAGAGUGGGGAAUGAGUGAGAAGCUCGGACCCCUCAACUACCAGGUGCACGGCAGGAGCCGUCGGGCCUUCAUCAGCAGCGAAACCGCCAAUCUCGUCGAAGAAGAAGUUAAGCAGCUGGUGAUGACUGCUGAGCGCAAAGCGGAGAAAUUGCUUCGCAAACAUCGAAGGCAGCUUCGCGAGGUGGCUCUUCAGCUCCUCGAGAAGGAGACGCUGUCUGGGGAGGAAAUUUCAGAUAUCCUCGAUCCAUCCGGAUCGUACCGGAGCAAAGUGGAGAGGUUGCGCACCCGCAUGCAGCAGGGCGAACAGCCGAGCUUGUGGCAACGCCUCGUUGUGCAGUUGAAGCGCGGCUUUCAGUGGCUAUUCCUGCCUCGAGAUCAAACAGAGUUUGCGGCAAUUGGUGAGGCAGACAAGGAACUGAAAGCUCACGAAGGAACCGAGAAAAAGCAAGGCGAGUCUACGAGUGAACUUGAGGGAAAACGGGAUGACGGAGGUAAUGAUGACUCCGGUAACGGUGGAACAGAGUCGCGAGAGGUACCUCCAAGUGGAGAGGUAGACCUCCACAGAAAUGGAGAUGGGAACGAUGAGCAUGGCGAUAAAGACCACGCUUUCUCAAGUGUGAAGGAGCUCUCAACGAAGCAGUCAGAGAUAUCUGGAGCGGCAGAAAACGGGCAUGAGGACGGGAGUUCCGACAACAGCACGUACCUCAGAUGCCCAAGAGGCAGUGUCGCUGAGGGGCAACACUGCAGCAGUUUUUCUAUGCAAGGGAACGAGCAAGAUUCUGCCUUUUCCGGACGAGAGAACUCGCACGAGGAACCUGAAAGCGAGAACGUUUCUCGAUAUGCAGAGGUGGAUAUUUUGCCCUCACAGCCCAUGAUGAGUCGUGGGGCACCAAGCGACGCAGCGGCGAGUGACGAAGCGUUGCCAAGUGAAGGAGACUUGGGUCAAGAAUGGACGCACACAACUCCGCGGUCGGUUCAACGACAUGAAGCGUUCGUACUUGAGAAUCGAAACAAGGGGAGCAGCAUGUUGGAAAGAAAAGACUCAUCGAUAGACAGGAGAGAGCACAGGGUUGGUGAGAUCCUUUCUUCCGCGGCCUCGCAGUGCUCGGACUCUGGGGCAGAGAACUGCGUCAACCGCGAGGCGCGCGAGCACUCGCGCCGGACGAAACGGGUGCAACAGUGGCAGUUGACGCCGUGGGGUUUGGGGCUCUCCACUGUUACGCGCGAGGAAUAG